UCAAACGAUUCCAAAUAUUCAAGUAGUCGGAGAACACCUGCAUCUCAACGGUCCAAUGCUCGUGAGCAUGCUCGACCCGCAGCUACAUUCGUCGACGCAGCCGUUCAAGCGUGCGAAUCCUUCCCGCCGUCAACCGCGAGCAUGGGUCCCACCGCCACAGGGCUCAUUUCGGCCUUGAAAGACCAGCUUGGCGCGAUGGAAGUCGACUUGGCGCGACUUGGUCAGGAGAACGAGAUGCUGCAAGACCAAUUGGAUCGGAUGGACGGAAAUGUGGCAGCGCCGCCUUCACUAGACUCGGUUCCCGCUCUUCCAUACGACAAAGGCGACAUCGAUGGAAUUGCCAUGAGCUCCCGAGUGUCGUCGGCGCACUUGACGCUGCUAGAACAAAAGUAUGCCGACUUGCAGGCCCAAAUGCGCACGACCGUCGCGAUUCAAGCGCAGUCGGUGGCCAAGAUGCAGUGUCUUUUCGACGAAAACGUCGAGCUGCAGCGGCAAGUGGACCAGCUCGAGCACGUGGCCUGCCAAGUGCCGUCUAAAGAUGCCACGAUUGCCAAUCUGCGCCACGAUGUAUUGACCCUUCGGAACGAGUCCCUGCGCCUUCACGAGGCCAUCGAUUCGCUAACGACACGGCCCCUCCUUGGUGACGCGCCGCUCCAAACGCUCAUGGUGCAGCUCGCAGACGUCGAAGGCCAUGCUAGAGUGCUUGCCGCUCAACUGGACAACGAAACACACCGCAAUCAGGUCGUCCAGCGACAGAAUGCUGCCCUAAAAGCGCGGAUUCGCACGCUGCAACAACAAGUGGAGACCUUGAACAAGGCCGAGGCGGAUGUGCGUCUCGAUCGAGACGAGUUGCAACUGCAGUAUGAAGCUGUGAAGCUCCAGGUUCAGUUGUUGCAAGACCCGACCAACGAAGUGCUUGUGGCGGCGCUGACUGCUGCGACGAAAUCGACGUGGGCCAAUCCGCAGGCUGCUCUAGGCUUCCUGGACAACCCGUCGAUGCCACAGGCAGACACCCCCGUUCCAGGCACUGGCCAUCACUACCACACCACUUUAGCGAAAUCACAGUGGACGAGGCAGCUGCUCCGCGAUACCGAGCACAAGGCAGCCGUGCUGAAAGCCUUGAACGACGACUUGGUCCAAGAACUCGAGCGGAUGCGAGCGCAGCACGCGUUGGAGGUUGCGUUCUGGAAAGCACACACGGUGAACAAGCUGCACCGGAGCGCCGGAUCUGACAACCACCAGGCGAGAACAGCACCAUGCCAAGCUAGCCAGCGCACUCGGACAUUGCACGAACAACAACGUCAGGUUCGAGCGCAAGCCACGACGAAAGACAUGCGGGGCAAUGGGCAAGGCAAGGUGCUCGAACUGCGGAUCCUCUUCCACGACGUGGUCGUGCGCCGACACGACCCAUCGCCGUCGGUGGCAUCGACGACAGUCUACUUUCUCGCGGUCGACUGCAGUUCCUACGAGUCGCAGCUGUCGCCAGUGUUUGACCAAGAUAUCUCUUUCGAAGUGACGUACGAUCAUGUUCCAGACGCCGCCACCAUCGCCGUCGAGCUGCACAAGAUGCCUCAUGAUGCAGGCGAUACGAGGCCGACGUUGGUCGGGUCGGGCGAGGUCACGAUGCCCGAGGCGAAGGUCCGGCCUGUUUCUACGACCGUCCAGCUUGCGCAUUCCCGGACUGGCGGCGUCGUGGGCUCUGUCCAAGUCGACCUUCGAUGGACCGAACGGGAUGGCCACCUCGCCAACGAGCAACUUGCCAUGAUCGCUACGUCCCAACGCGGUGCUGCAUGCAUUGACGACGCGUAG